AUGGCGUUCCGUGUGGACGCACCGCAGAUGAAGAUCGCUGAAAAGCUGAUCAUCCUCAAUGAUCGUGCAAUCGGCAUGCUGACACGUCUGUACAACAUCAAAAAAGCAUGCUGCGAUCCUAAAUCAAAGCCACAGUUCCUCAGCGAAAAAUCACUCGAAGGAUGCAUCAAACACAUCGUUCGCAAAUUCCCAGUUAUUGAUGCACGAUCAAAUGCGACUUCGUAUCAACAAGCAAAUGUAAUGAAACAAGAAAUAAUCAAGUCGUUAUCGUUAUACUAUUACACGUUUGCUGAUCUCCUUGAUCUGAAAGAUCACAUCAUGCAAUUACUAACCACAAUGGAUGCGUCUCAAGUUAAACUCGAUAUCACAUUAAACUAUGAUUUGACAGCCGGUUACAUGAAUUUGAUAGUGAAUUUGAUAUGUAUGAUGACAUUGUUAUCACGUGUUGAUGAUCGAAAAGCUGUUCUUGGUCUCUUUAAUGCUGCAUUCGAAAUGGCCAAUGGACAGUCUGAACCGACAUUUCCCCGUUUGGGUCAAAUGAUUAUCGAUUACGAGAAUCCAUUGAAGAAACUUGCUGAAGAUUUAGGGCCAUUGAAUAGGUUAAUCCAUGCAUCACUCAACUCAUUGGCAUCAGUUUAUGUCCGUCGAAAUAUAACUGCGGAAGCGUGGAGAAAUGCACAAAUGCUGUCGUUGAUUGCAACCCCGCAACAGAUUUUGUAUGCCGCACAGACCGAUACGAUAGCGUGUGAGUAUUUGUCGCUGGAUGUUAUGGAUCGUUGGAUUAUACUUGGUGUAUUGGUGUGUCAUAGUACAUUGCUAUCGGAUUCAGUAAUCGCGAGCUUAUGGCAGCGGGCUUUACAGACCGGUCUUGCGAUUCGUUUGUUCAGAGAUGAAAUACUGAUUGUUCAUAUCACAGUACAAAGUGUAUUCGAAUCAAUAAAAGGUUAUCACAAACGAAUUCAAGAAGUUAAAGAUCAUUAUUCAAUUGCGUUACAAACAAGUUUAACAAUUCAUCGUGAUCGACGUCGUUUCUUGCGUGGUGCGCUGCGAGAAUUGUGUUUGUUGAUCAAGGAUCAGCCUGGCCUGUUGGGUCCGAAGAUAUUGUUCGUUUGGAUGGCGUUGUCGUUUUCGAGAGAUGAGGUGGUUUGGUUGUUGAGACACAUUGAUGUAUGGCCUGCGGGAGGUGGCAAGAAGAAUAAACGCGUCGAAGAAAUCGUUGAUAAGCAACUACCAGAAUUGCUGUUCUACAUGCACGAACUGCGAAUGUUGGUGCAGAAGUACUCUGGCAUAAUUCAAAGAUACUAUUCACGGUAUGUGACUGGUUAUGAUGCUAUUGCAUUCACUGAAAUCGUACAGUCAUUGGAUGGACUAACGGACGAUGAAGCUACCAUUCUGAGUGAUUUUUGUGCAGAUAUCGCGAGAAUUGAUCAGAACAAUGUGGAUCUUCGUGGCUUAAGACUGGAUUGGUUCCGAUUUCAAGCGUACGUGAGUAUGACUCGAUCGGCGUUCUCUUUGCAAGACAACCGUCGUUUAGCCGUCACGAUGAAUACGACCGUGUUCCAUCUGAAAAUGAUCGAUUUACUCACCGAAAUGUUGAGGGAGACGAGUGACCUUUCGAUAUAUUGUUUCUACGCUCGUCAGUUGGAGACUCAGUUGCAACAGUGCCUUCAGUUACCGUCUCAAUCACGUUAUUCAAUAGCAUUCGCUCAUAUUUGUUCGCAUUUCGCAUCGGCUCUUCACGAUUUAUGUCCAGAAGAGAAGGCACACAUCAACGAAAAGAGUCUCUCACUAUGCAACAUGGUGCUCGAUGAAAUAUCAAAAGAAACGGCUGUGGUUGUUGAACGAUUAUGUGAAUACGAAAUGCAUUUACACGAUCAGUUGUCACCAACACAUUGUGCGAAACUUAUUCAGGAACACAUCAAACCAAAAACUGGUAAAGGUUCAAAUUCAAGUAGUGCAACACGUGUCUCAGCAAUGCCCGGUGAAGAGAGUAUACGUAACUGUAGAGAUACGCUGACCAUAGCUGAUAAAUUACAAACUGCACUCUUCGAAUUGUGUUCUUCUAUUGGAUCGUGCAAACAAAUUCAUGUGGCCGAAUACACAUUUGCACCAAGUGAAUAUUUAUCACAACAACUCGAGCAUCAAUUCACAGCAUCCUUACAAUCGCUGGUUAUGGUGGGCGAUAACCCCAGAAGACCGUCUGAACUGCUCUCAGUGCUUUACGCACACAUGGCUGUGCUCCAGAAUAUUGACACUGAUGUGACGAUUGAUGUGACACGUCUGUUCAAUAACGUUUUGCUGCAACAAACACAACCGUUGGACUGUCAUUCGAACGAAACAGUUACCUCGGUUUAUACGAAAUGGUAUUUGGAAGUUGUGCUGCGACGCAUGAGCGCCGGUCAUAUUCUGUUUUCGCCACAUCUUAGCGCCCUAAUAGCAAAUCCGGAAUAUCCACAAACUUUUAAUCCAGAUGAGUAUACGGAUACACGCGAACUUCGUGCAUUAGCGCAGCUAUUGGGACCGUAUGGUGUGAAGUUUAUGAGUGAACGUUUAAUAUGGCACGUGGCGUGUCAAAUAACUGAGCUGAAUAAAAUCGUUAACGAGCAUCGAGAUACGCUUCGAAUCGCGCGAAGUAAUUUCGAUAAACCUGACAAAAUGCGUGAACUGUUAACCGUACUUAGUGGUGAUAAUCGAGAUAAGAAAGCACAGAUGGCAUCAAGUGGUCCAAUGGAAUCGGUAUUGCAACGGGUGAUCAUCAUUGGCGAGAUUCUUUCGUUUAGACAGCUGCUGCAUCAAGCACUGCACGAUGUUCUGGAGGAACGUCUUCCGUUCCUGCUCUCGACAGUACACAACCUUCACGAAAGUUCAUCUGACCAUAACCGAUUGGUAAUAUCGGAGAUGUGUACAGCGGUAGGUAUGAGUGUUGAAGUGGAUGUGGCCUUAAUGAAUGCGAUUCGUGCACAGACUCAACAAACGCAAUCGCCUGAAGAGCAGUACACGACGAGUUGUCUUUUGUUCGUGUUCAUUGCGUUAUCGCUUCCCAGAUUAACGCUCUCACCUUCAAACACUUUUAAAGCGUCCAUUCAUGCAUCACCGAAUAACUCACAGUGCAUACCGUUAGCAGUUGUAACUCUUGCAAAUGCAUUGUUUUGUUUGCAUGGACGAGGCGAUAUUGUGUUGAGAAUGAAAGAAUUUCUUGCGUUGGCAUCGAGUGGUCUGUUGAGGCUUUCGGAUGAUGGCAAUGAUUUCGAAAUGUUUAAAAGUAGACAAUCUGUUUAUAUACUUCUUGAAGAGUUGGUGAAACGAAGUCCGUACUUGACAUACAAUCUGCUCGAGUCGUGUUUCCCAUACAAUCUCAUACGUGCUUCUUAUCAAUAUUGCUAUAGAAUGGAAGUGGCAAAAUAA